AUGAGUAAAUUACGCCAGGAGAUGGAAGAGAAAAAGGCGAAGCUUGCUGCACUGCGAAAAGCAAGAGAGGACCGCCAGCGCGGACUUUUAGAGUCGCGAGGCCCAAGCUCACCAUCGCGUCCAUCUGUAUCAGAUGCGGAGGUGCGCAGGAUAGUCGAUAUUGUUCUUGGUCCCAGUGGAGGAGACGGGACAGAGGUCGACAAAGUACCAUCUCCUUCAGUGUCAAGACCAGAAACCCCGGCUGUUGGACGGCAUAUAACCAUCCCUGGCGAUACCAGCGGACUGUCGAGUUCUGGUUCGGGAAGAGAGAGUAGGCAAAGUGAUUUCCCAGAUAUCAGGCCUAACAACGGAGGAACUUUCCCAAUGAUGAGCGAUGCGUCGACAGAUAACAAUGUGGAGAGAAUCCUCAUACCUAAAAGGUUCACGAGCCUGAUCGAUAUCGAACAAGAGUUGUACGAGUAUCCUCAAAAGGAGCGCGUCAUGUAUAGUAAAGAAGUCCAGACAGCAUUCGUUGAGGUUACCGUGACCCCACUACCUGACGAGGUUGUUGAUAUCCCAAAAUCUAUUAUCAAGACCCUGGGCAUUGAGGACGAUAUCAAAGCACAAGAAGCACUGGAGCUAGAGGAAGAGAAUGCUAAACUCGACAGAGAGAUUGAAAACGAAAUUCGCGAGCUUUCCGAAGAAGAGAGGGCCAGUAUACUCAAUGCUCCUGAAUUCCUUGAAUUCGUAGAGCAGUCGUCCAAAUUUGUUCAGAGAGUGCUCAAUGACUAUGACUAUGCUCGUGAUUAUAAUGAAGCUAGUGAAGGAGGGGAGAACUAUGAAGGAAGACGUGUCAAACUUGUGUGCGAAUUCUGGGAUGAACGUCACGGAAAGAAUCGCUCCAUUACAGAUAUAGAUUGGUCACCGAAGUACCCAGAACUGAGUGUGGCCUCCUAUAAUAAGAACCCGGCCGCUCUAGAUGAGCCAGAUGGCAUUGUAGCCAUCUGGAAUAUGCAUUUGAUGGAGCGCCCAGAGUUUAUCUUCCAUUCCCCUUCGGACGUCCUUUCAGUGUUGUUCUCACCAUUCCACCCCAAUCUAAUUUUUGGAGGGACAUAUGCGGGGCAGAUUCUUUUAUGGGAUACGCGGUCGAAACAGCUUCCUGUUCUGAAAACGCCACUGUCUUCGACAGGGCAUACUCAUCCUGUAUAUGCAAUGCAAAUGGUGGGCACCCAAAAUGCCCACAACUUAAUAACCAGCAGCACAGAUGGCACUGUGUGCAGUUGGCUAGUCGAUAUGCUAGCUCAGCCUCAGGAAACACUUUCUUUGGUACAUUCUGGACACAACAAAACAGCAGAUGUCGCUAUCACAUCACUCGACUUCAGGCACAGCGAAACUACAGCCUUCAUGGUGGGCACAGAGGAGGGUAACAUCUACCAAGCGAACCGAUACGAUCGCGCAGGAGCCAAAGCCGGGCUCAACCAAUUCGAUGUGUAUAGGGGCCACGGAGGUCCUAUUAUGGCACUGCACUUUCAUCCUCUUGCCGGGCCCGUUGACUUUUCGGACUUGUUUUUAACCAGCUCAGUCGAUUGGACGAUCAAGCUGUGGCGCUCGAAGUCGCUGACGAAGCCAUCGACAACGCCUCAGGUCAUAAACCCAUUACAUUCUUUCGAAGAGGCCAACGAUUAUGUGUAUGAUGUCAAAUGGCAUCCUGCACAUCCAGCAAUGUUCGGUUCAGUUGAUGGAUCUGGCAAGUUUGAUUUGUGGAAUCUGAAUGUAGACACUGAGGUCCCCAUCGUAUCCACAAUUGUGGGAUCCGGUCGGGCUAUCAACAAGCUCAAGUGGGACAGGAAAGAAGGUCGGAGGGUUGGAUUGGGAGGGAGUGACGGGCGCUUAUAUGUGUAUGACAUUGGUGAUAUGGCGUUUCCUCGGGAUUCAGAGUGGACUGAGAUGCAGAAGGCUAUCUCACUAAUCGCUGGUAGUACCCACAUGAGCAGUAUUGCUCAAAAUGACCCGGGGCGUAUAGUGGCAGGGCGUUAA